AUGGCGCCAUCUGUCGAGACUCCUGAGGUGAUCGUUCCUGUAUAUUCACCGAACCAAAUCUCAAUAAAGACAACAAAGUCGAACGGUGUAGACAAGGAUCGCGACUCCUUUGCAGACGAUCUCAACAAUGGAACCUGUGUUGAUGCCCGGGAUUCUGUGUCAGCUUUUGAGGAAAACCUUCCACAUCUGACAAUAUCAGACAACUACACCGUGAACGAAGAGCCUCUCGGAACUAUUUGCCCAAUUCGAGUGAUGUGUAUCGGUGCGGGGGCUAGCGGCAUCAACCUUGCGUACCAAUUCCAGAAGUACAUGCAGAACUCGACAUUGAUUAUCUAUGAAAAGAACCCUGCAAUUGGAGGAACUUGGUUCGAGAAUCGAUAUCCUGGUUGCAAGUGUGACAUUCCUUCUCACAACUAUCAGUUCGCUUGGGAGCCCAACCCAAAUUGGGCAGAAAUGUUUUCGCCUUCCGCCGAGAUUAGGGAGUAUCUUGAACACUGCGUCGUCAAAUACGACCUCGCCAAGUAUAUGCAUAUGAAUCAUCGUGUGAUCGGGGCUACCUGGAACGAAGCUAAAGCAAUCUGGAAUGUCGAGAUCGAAGACAUGUCCAACCAGACAAUCUUCACCGACUGGUGUAACUACCUCAUUAACGCUGGCGGCAUUUUGAACAACUGGAGGUGGCCGGCCAUUCCUGGUCUCCACGACUUUCAAGGUAAACUGGUUCAUAGCGCAAAUUGGCCCGCAGAUUGGAGUUAUGACAAUCUAAAGGUCGCCGUUAUCGGAAACGGCUCGACUGGGAUCCAAAUCGUGCCUGCGAUACAGCCCAAGGUGAAGCAGCUUGUCCACAUCAUUCGGUCGCCCACCUGGGUGACUCCUGGCGCUGCGUCUCGGUAUCCAUCUCUGCGAGGAGGUUCAAUGCCGGAUAGUUUCAGUGAAGAACAGAAGGAGCACUUCCGAAACAACCCCGAAUCAUAUCUUGCAUUCCGCAAGCAGGUCGAACGAGAGAUCAAUAGUAAGUUUCUAAUGCUUGUGAACGGGAGCGAGAAAGCAGACGAAGUUCGAAAAAUGGCAUAUAACAGCAUGGUCUCUUUGCUUGGUCCAGAAGGAGCCCGCAAAUUUGCUAAGCAGAUCAUUCCCGACUUCCCAGUGGGGUGCCGUCGAAUCACGCCCGGCGUGGGCUACCUAGAGAGCUUCACAAAGGAGAACGUUCGAGUCAUCACCGAUGCUAGUAUAGUUAGCGUUGACAGCAACGGCAUAAACAUGUCAAGUGGUGAACACAUCGAACUCGACACUAUCAUCUGUGCGACUGGCUUUGAUGUGUCCUUCAAACCCCGUUUUCCCAUCAUCGGGCGAGAAGGCAUAAGUCUGAACGACGUGUGGUCAAAGAACAUCCCAUACGCAUACCUUUCCAUGGCUAUUCCAAAGUUCCCCAACUACUUCGUUUUCCUCGGUCCGAACGCUCCUAUCUCUCAUGGCAGUGUCUUCACGAUCACGGAGCAAUGCUCUAAGUACAUUAUGCAGCUACUGACUAAGGCCCAGAUAGAGGGGAUCCGGACAUACGACGUAAAGCAGUCGGCGUGUGACGACUUCCUCACGCACAUCCAGCACUUUAUGCCCCGGACAGCCUGGGCGGCGAAAUGCCGAUCCUGGUUCAAGAACGGGACAGAGGACGGGCCCGUUCUUGCGAUCCAUCCGGGAAGUCGGAUUCAUUGGUUCCACGCGCUCGAGCGGCCCAAGUUCGAGGACUACGAGUACACCUACCACACCAACAACCGCUUCUCCUACCUAGGCAAUGGUUUUUCCACCAGGGAGAUGCAAGGUGGUGAUGAUACCUGGUUCUUGGAGCAUCCCGAGGCAAUGUUCCUCUACUACUAA